AUGGACGUGCCGCCCCCGCGCCCGCCCGGCAGCUCCGCCGGUGCCGUUCCCAGGCUGUCCCCCGACGUGCAGAGCCUGGCGUCCGGCCUGACUGCCGUCGGGGUGGCGCUGCCCGAGCCGCGGAGCGGAGAGAAGAAGGCUAGGACGGUCCCCGCGGGCGCGGUGGCCGGUGCCAAUGUGGUCCCGUUGGUGAUGGACGACCAGAAUAGGCUCUACAGUGCCAGCAUAUUGACAUCUCCUGGCGACCUGGUGCGAGCAUUCCAACAAAGCCCUGAGCAUGCCCCCCUUCUGCAGCAGCUGCGACUCAGUGGCCUUCAAGUGCGGCAAACCCCCUUUGCACGUCCCGCGCCCAAGACACAGUGGCCAAGCCCCAAUGGCCACGAUGGGCCACCUGCAACAUCUGGAGGCUUCAACGCCGGGGGCUGGAGGGGCCACCAGAAGGAAGGGAGGGACUGCAGAUCAAGUUUGGAAGAUCCGCAAGCUCUGUCCGACAAAGUUGAAAAGCGGUUGGUUCAGAAUCGAGAAGCAGCGCGAAGGUGCCGACAACGGAAGCAGGAGUAUUUGAGGAAACUGGAGCAAGAGGUGGAGGCGUUGAGGAGGAAGUUGAACGCAAGGGGGGCACAAGCAGCAACUGGAGCCAACGGAAAGAGUCAGCCAGCAUCUGCAUCAGAUCAGAUCGCUGGUGAUCGAGCGGACUUCAUUCGCUGGAGGAACGAAGAGCUGAAGCUUGUGCAUUGCAUACGUGACCUCAUGCAAGAUGGCGACGAUGGCAAACUACAGGAAGUGGUGGACACUCUGUUCAAUCAGCAGAUUCGAAUGUGCAACGACCGCCGGAGGCUCAUCGCCAGCGGCAGGUGGCACUUGCUCGCCAGCGGCACCGAACUCAACCCAGCGCAGCGGCUGCUGCUUUGGCUGGGUGGCGUUCGGCCCAGCCUGACCUUCAAAACGACGAUCCACAUGUUGGCAGCUGUGAAGGGGGCGAUGGGCAGCCAUGACAUGUUGUUCCUUCGUCAGCUGUUGGAAAAGAUAAUAGAGAAGGAGAAGGAGCUCCAGGGAAGGCACAAUGAUGAGAGGGACAAACUGGGCCUCGAGUUGGGCUGGCCUUUGAAGGGGGCCGCGGACCGGCCCGCGCAGCAUGACGAGCCCACUUCCGCCGGGCAAAGGGAUUCCAUCAACAGCGUGGAAGAAGAUCUUCACAGCGCUGGCGGCGACGAGCCGGGCAGCCCCGAAGCUGCGGAGGACAACAGCAUGGAGGAGGCGUCCGCGCCUUGCAGAGAGUCUGCGUCAGUGGGCAACUCAGAUCAGGGCGCUGCGUCCCCAUCGCACAUGUCAUGUUCAGGGGAGGCCUCGAACGGGAACGGCAGCAAGCCGACUGUGCAGCCAGCCAUCCCGGAGUCGCUGGCCCACCUGGGCUCAAAUUUGGGAUGGCAGGGUGUGGGGUGGGGGCAGCAGGCUGUGGUGCAGGGCAGGGGGCCUGCGAAGGGCGAAGAUGAGGGGAACAGGCGCAGGAGAGAGCAGCUGGCAAGGAAGUUCCAGGGCAUCAUAGACGUCCUGGCGGACGCCGAGACAUUCCGAUCCGACCUGCUGACCCAGUCCAGGCUUAACCUGUCCCUGCGCACCUUCGCGAUGCUCCUCAUCGCGCCCGCGGAGCUUGCCGAGAGGACGAACAAUCUGGUGGAAUUGGCCGUGCGGUCGAUCAUGCCCCUGGAGGCGCUACAGUCGCCCUCCUGCCCGCGAUUCGGCUCCUUCUCGUCGGUCACGACCAGACCCCGGAGCGAGACCCCGGCAUCGCCAUGCUCGCUGCCAUUCGACCCCCCAAGGUGCAGGUCGGGAUUCUUUUGA